AUCGGCAAACAUAGAAAAGCUAUUCGUGUUAUAAAAUUUCAUCCAAGCUACGUUUCGGCCAGGCCAAAAAAGUGUUGCAAUACGCGAUAUUCCAAGGUUGUUUUCGAUAGUUUGCACGGUUACAGUUCCUGAGCCAAAUUGGAUCCCAACAAAAUGGACAGUCCGUGUGAGUCGGAGAGCUCACUCGACGGGGGAGCAAUGCUCCCGCCGAGCCCGGUUUCGCGGGAACAGCUGCAAAAGCGAAUCGAAAGUCUCACGCAACAAAACAAGGUGCUUAAAGUAGAACUAGAAACGUAUAAAAUUCGUGUUAAAGUAAUCCAAGAGGAGAACCGUUCCCUACGUCAAGCGUCAGUUAUCAUCCAAGCGAAAGCUGAGCAGGAAGAGGAGUACAUCUCGAACACGCUGCUUAAGAAAAUACAAGCGCUGAAAAAGGAAAAGGAAACGCUUGCCCACCAUUACGAGCGCGAGGAGGAAUGUCUCACGAACGAUUUGUCCCGCAAGCUGGACCAGCUGCGGCAGGAGAAGUGUAAACUUGAGCAAACGCUCGAACAGGAGCAGGAGUGUCUAGUUAACAAGCUGAUGCGCAAGAUAGAGAAGUUGGAGGCGGAAACGUCUGCGAAGCAGAACCACCUCGAGCAGCUGAGACGUGAAAUGGUCGAGCUGGAAAAUACGCUGGAGCAGGAGCAGGAAGCGCUCGUCAAUAAGCUUUGGAAGCGUAUGGAUAAGCUGGAAGCGGAGAAACGUUCGCUCCAGAUCAAACUAGAUCAGCCGGUGUCUGAUCCAACCAGUCCAAAAGAAAUGGAAAAUGGCAACGACACUGCCACACAGCUGACGGCGCACAUCACGAAUUUGCGCUCGGAAGUAGACCAGCUGCGUAGCAAUCUGGCAGCGGCCGAGAAAGAAAGCAAGGAAAAGACGCAACAGUUCGCGCAUGACGAAAAGUGCAUACGCGAGGAAAAUCAGCGUUUGCAGCGCAAAUUGCAACAGGAGGUCGAACGGCGCGAGGCACUUUCGCGACAUCUGUCCGAGUCGGAGUCGUCCCUAGAGUUUGAAGACGAACGGCUGUUCAAUGAGAACGUGUCGGCUUUGGCGAGCCAACGGCCCAUCAGCCCCGGAGGACUGACGCGUUGCAUUGCGUGCGGUCAGUUGGUGAGUCGACGGGCUAGCGAGCGGUUUAUUAAACCGGCUAUACCAAUAGGACUGAACACAUCGGCACCGAACGUGCUUUCCUCGCACUCAACCUCGGCCGGUGGUGGAGGUGGAAGUCUGUUUCCGCUGCUCGGUGGUGGUGGUGGUGGCAGCGGUGCCAGUACCGGUGGCGUUGGUGCCGGUUCGCUCAACAGUAGCAUCGGUUCGUCAAACUCGAACAACACUAGUAGUAAUAUCUCGUUCACCGGCAAUUCGUCCUUCGUGCAACCGGCCAGUCCAAUGGAUACCUCCAUGUGCAAAGAUUAAGGCACGGCUUAGGCUCGAUAAAAAACGUUAGUAGACAACUGUUUUUCUUCACUUUUCCUUCGGGGAAGGGGCAAGUUCCGUUGAAGCGUCUGAUAAGCACUGAAAUAAGCUUGGCUUUUUUCACCUCAAAACGGUGAUCGUGCAGUUCGAUCACCAAAUCGUACGAUUCACAGAAGCAAACAAAACGUACAGCGUAUCAUGCUUUCCUUAAAUUGUUUCUGAAUGGUUCAAACCAUCGAUAUCUUUCGGUAUAUUCAUUAAAAAAAAAAACAAAACAUAAGCUGCCUAUAUGCAUACAAGUGUUCCAAAGCGGAUAAAGAUCAUUUAGCAUUAAAAGCGAUCCACCUCCCAGCGUUCUGGACGUCAUUAUGCAGCGUCAAUGCAUAACUGUUUUCUUAUCCAUAUUCCCGUCGUUUAACAUUGGAAGACGUAUACGGGAUACGUAUCCGGAGAGGAUAAAGAUUUUAGUAGCGGCAGUACCGUUACUGGGAGGAUUGGCACAUAGAGGGAGGGGAAAGAAAAGUUAUAUUUCGGAUACUAUUAUUAUUAUUAUUAGCACUACGUGAAAAAUGAUUCAUUCUACAUGAUAAUGUUCCUCGGCCGUUGUCGAAGCGUUAGCACCUGGUUGUGUACGGAGUUUGCUUCCGACAUGGUUGGAUAUAUGUGGGCCAGAAUGGAAAAUAAUUGCUUCAGAUUAGCUAAUAUCUUACUGAGACGGAAAGCAAUGUGACGGCAAGCGUAUGAAUGUUAGAAUCACGGUUAUUUCGAUUGCGGGAUGGAAAAGAAAACUUCACUUUGCAGGGACGAAAGUAAUGCCCGACUGGCUCUGCCAACCAGUUCAUGGUCUGGUAAAUUUCGACGUGAUAGUAGUGUGGCAUUGUUUUAAGAAAAUUCGUUCUGUUACUAGUUGUCAUAAAUGUGAAGUGAGCAUGAGCUAGCGAAACUAUUUCUAUCUUUACCCGUGUGUAAGUGUCAAUGUUUUGCUCGUCGGGACAUUCUAAGCUGGGCUGGUAAAUUUACCAUGAGAGAACACUUCAACCUUAACGAAUUUUAGUGGUCGGCAAACAAAUGUGUUAAACGUUUCGCGGGAACUGCUGCUGCUAGUGCUGUCAGGAUAAUAGCUAGGACACCGUAAACCGUAAAUGCAAAAGUACUUAUAGUAUAACAGACAGCGUGACGUGAUUGCUGGAAGAUGAAAUUAGGUUUGAAAGGGGUUUUUUGUUGUUGUUAGUAUCGGGAUUUUUGUUUUGCGCCACUUUGGUGAUUUUCAUUUGCAAACAUUACAACACUUAAAACAGAACUCAACUUACCAACUGUGGUGGUAAGCAAAAAACGUUUUGCUCACUAUGGAUCGUGGUAGGCGAGGAGUUUGUUUCCACUUCAAAAAAUAAAAAUCAGCUAAAAAAUAAUUAGAAAAGUAUAAGAAUCUACGACAAGAAUAUCUACCACGAAUGUGGUUACAUUCAUGUCGUUCAAUCAACACUAUAAAAUAGAACCCAUUUUACAAAUUAGUUAUCCUCUCACUCUCUCUCUACAUCCACCCCUAUUCGCUGACUCUCUAUCUUACGAAGAUGGCAGUAUGGAGGGACACACAUUAAAAUAACAAAACAAAAGCGUAAAACCAACGAAUAUAAUAGGUGCAAGUGCGAAUGCUAAAAAUCAAGAUGAAAAUCAAGAAAAAUGCACGGCAUUGCAAUAGAUGUUGACACUGCACAAUCAUUGAAUCAUGAACGGAACAAUAUUGUAGAACACAAUGGGAAAAUAAGUAAUACAGUCAAUCGAACGAAUGGGAAGUUCUACUGUACAAACCGGUAUAAUAGUCAAGAAAUUCAAGCGACAAAAAUAGGCCAGUUACAGUACCACCAGAGCACGUAUUAUGCACCGAGCAAACGCGUAUCGUCCGAUAGCAAAUGUUCGAGACUACAAUUCAAAAAUCCAACCCCCACAACCCCUCUACACCUCCUUUCUACUCUUCCCAUCAAAUUGUUGUUGCAGCUGUGUUACGUUAGUGUUGUGUAGUAUAGAUAACCGAAACUGCAAAAGAGAGACUGCAGAGCACGAACGGCGAAGACGUAUUCGAUUGAUACCGUGUCUUGUGUGUUAGGAAAAAUGCAGAACUCUAGCAUAGAGGAAAACUAACUUACUGUUUGAGGGUGAACUUUUGCAAAUGGGCAAGAACAGGAUGAAUUGAAAUGAAAAUGCAAAGUAAUGGGAAAUGUGACAAGUUGCAAAUGCAAAAUUCUAUUACGGAAAUACUAGAAUAACAUACAACACUAUUUACAAAUAUCUAUGAACGAGACAUGUUUAGCUAACACAUUUCUUAACGGACGUAUUCUUUAUUGACGUUCGCACGUGCGUUCGUGAAACGAUAGCGCAGCUCACGAAAACUCACCCUAGCGGUUGUGUGCUUGCUAUUGCUAUUAUUACUCUUAUGUUUUUUUUUGCGAAUGAUGUAUUGAAUUUUGAACUUUAAAUGUUUAAAUCUUUUAUCUUGCUUACCAAAACCGAGCAUCCCUGCGUUAGUUCUGACUGAUCCGUUGUUGUUUCCCAUUUCGAUUGCCUUAUUAACUGUAAUGUUGUUUGUUUUGCUUAAGCCUGAAGAUCAUCGCAAACCAGAGAAAGAUAUACCGGUUGUACGGACAACUGUGUAAGGAUAAUCAACGACUAGCUGCGCGACCACGGGUGGCAUUCGGUUCCCAGGUGUAUAAUCCCUUUAGAAGACUCCUGCAUGUAAACGAGUAUAUACAUCCCAGCCAGAAGUAGAGCGUGCGGAGGAGCGUACACUGUGUUCGGCAUUGUUUUGGCCAUAAAUGUGAUUCUUGUAUGAAAAAAUAUUAAAAAUUAAAGUUAAAAAUUAUUUGCACUAAGUGGGAGCGGUAGCAGUUACGCGAGCGACAGAAUUAAGGCAUACACCAAAAGCGAUGCUACAAUGGUUUUACAAGGUCCGUUCUGGAAGAGGGUAGCCUUUGAAGGAGGGAAGAAAAUUAUAUUGCGGACCCGUAACAGUAGUAGUACACGGAUGGGAAAGGAUACGGAGGUUUGAUUUCGCAACACACGCAUCUUCUUUACAAGCAAGCAUAGAGCAGGGAUCAGGCGCAAGGAAAGAAUUUCUACAAUAUAUUAAGGUAACAGCUUACUGUGUAACCAUUCUUAUCUUUAUUAUUACAUUAUCAUUAUUAUAUUACGACAUGUAUUGACAUAUUAUUUUCAAAAAUGCAAAACGAAUGAAAAAUAAAUAAUGGUACAUAAAGUACGAUCAGUA